UGCAAACUGCAAACUGGAGCAUUUAAUUGUCUGCAGUUACUACUUCCGUUGACCAACCUAUGAUGUCGAUGUCGUCGGUACAGGCUCAACUUAUUGCGAAAUACAACUACCCUGUCGAGACACACUAUGUCACAACCCCAGAUGAGUAUAUUUUGAGAUUGCAUCGUAUUCCCAAGCCAGGUGCCCCGCCUGUAUUUCUAAUGCAUGGCAUGAUGGAUAGUUCAGCAACGUGGAUACUAAUGGGACCCCAAAAAGCUUUAGGCUAUUAUCUGUGGGAUAAUGGUUAUGAUGUUUGGAUGGGCAAUGCCCGUGGUAAUCGUUAUUCCAGCAAUCACACCAAAUUGGAUGCUGAGAAAAAUGCUGAAUUUUGGCUUUUUAGUUGGCAUGAGAUUGGCUUCUAUGAUCUACCAGCCUCCAUUGAUUAUGUCUUGCAGCAGACAGGGUUUAAGAAAACCGGCUACUUUGGCCAUUCCCAAGGUACCACUUCAUUUUGGGUUAUGUGUUCAAUGCAUCCCGAAUAUAAUGAGAAAAUAACCAUGAUGCAUGCCUUGGCCCCGGUGGCAUUUAUGAAACACAUGAGAACCCCUUUGUUGUCAUAUGGCAGAACAGCUGCCAAGAUGACUGCCGGUGGUGUUAGAUUUCUGCCCCGCACCGAUGUAUUGUGGAAGACUUGUUUUACCUCCAAACUGACAGAGACCACUUGUUUGGAGAUCUACUAUCAACUCGUGGGUAAAGAUGUGGAACAAACUAAUGCGACCAUGCUUCCCAUUAUUCUCGGUCAUGUGCCAGCAGGCUGUAGCCUUAAACAAUUAACCCACUAUAUACAAUUGGUGGCAAAUGAUCGUUUUUGCCAGUACGAUUAUGGCCCUGUGGAAAAUAUGAAACGCUAUCAACAAUCAUCUCCUCCCGACUAUCCUUUGGCAAAAAUAACAGCUCGCGUUGGCCUUUACUACACUUACAAUGAUAAUCUUUCGAGUGAGGAGGAUGUUAAACGCCUGGCUGCCUUAUUACCCAAUGUUGUCGAGGACUGUUUGUAUCCUCAUGUACAUUGGAAUCAUAUGAGCAUGACAUGGGGUAUUGAUGCUCGGCAAAUGGCUCACAAGAAAAUGCUGGAGAUAAUGAAGAAGUAUUCCUACGAAUGAAUGAAAUCUCUGAUAAUUAAAUGUUUGUUCUAAGUAUAAAUUUCGGUUUGUGGUA